AUGUCACUUUAUGUCAGAAACUGUAUUCUCACUAAUCCGCAGUGUCCUCCGUGUCCAGCAGCUCUGGACAGAGCGCCCUCACCUCCUCCUCUCCUCCUCUCCUCCUCUCCUCUCCUCCUCUCUCCUCCCCUCCUCCCCACCUCUCCUCUCCUCCCUCCUCCCCUCCUCCUCUCCUCCACACCCUCCUCUCCUCCUCACCUCACCUUCUCUCCUCACCUCUUCACCUCCUCAGCUCUGACAGAAGCGCCCUCACCUCAUCCUCUCCUCCCCUCCUCCCCUCCUCUCCUCCUCCUCCCCUCCUCCUCUCCUCCACACCUCCUCUCCUCCUCACCUCACCUUCUCUCCUCACCUCUUCACCUCCUCAGCUCUGACAGAGCGCCCUCACCUCCUCCUCUCCUCACCCUCCUCCUCUCCUCCUCUCCUCACCUCUUCACCUCCUCAGCUCUGACAGAGCGCCCUCACCUCCUCCUCUCCUCCUCUCCUCACCUCUUCACCUCCUCAGCUCUGACAGAGCGCCCUCACCUCCUCCUCUCCUCCUCUCCUCACCUCUUCACCUCCUCAGCUCUGACAGAGCGCCCUCACCUCCUCCUCUCCUCCUCUCCUCACCUCUUCACCUCCUCAGCUCUGACAGAGCGCCCUCACCUCCUCCUCUCUGGGUGA